AGGAAGGGGCUGAGUACAAGAAACUGGAGGCAGACAGUGGGGUAGAUAUACAGCAAUGCACUAAAACACGAACAGUAUUAUUUAAUAACAUAUGCUGUUUACUUAAUGCAAUUGUAAUACAAAAUACCAACCAUUAGAGAGGGGAACCUGCAGAUCGACAUACAGAGAGAACACACGAACCACAUGAUGACAGACAGCAUAAUGAGUAAGGCAGCUACGAUGGAGAUCCCUAUAAACAGUAAUGGAGACACGGGGACCCUACCCGAGGACGAUAGUCUGGAACAGGCGACACAGAUUCAGUGGAGCUUAGAUGAAAAGGACCUGCAGCAAGUAAUGGUGUCAGGGCCCAACCUGAAUGAGACCAGCAUUGUAUCGGGAGGAUACGGAGGCACGGGUGAGGGGAUCAUUCCCACUAGCUCUAUCAAAGGACCUGGGAUCUGCUACAACCCAUCCAUUCUGGGCAGACACAUCCACCUGCAGGGACAAGGUUCCAGCAUGCACCAGUCACACAGCAGCUCAGCCGUCACAGCUGAAGAAGCAUCACGGGGUGUUGCUGUGGAGAAACUUGACAUUGUCAAGAAAUGGGGCAUCAACACCUACAAGUGUACAAAGCAGAUGAUUUCUGAGAGGUUUGGCCGUGGAUUACGGACUGUGGACCUCGAAUUAGAGGCUCAGAUUGAUGUACUGCGGGACACCAAGCGCAAAUAUGAGAACAUCCUGCGGCUGGCAAGGGCGCUCACCAACCACUUCUACAGCAUGGUGCAGACGCAGCGUGCGCUAGGGGACACCUUCUCUGAUCUGAGCCAGAAAUCACCUGAAUUACAGGGUUUCCAGAUCAAAUGUCUUUCUGAUGUGCAGGACGAGUUUGGAUACAAUGCUGAGACACAGAAACUGCUGUGUAAGAAUGGGGAAACCCUUCUGGGAGCAAUCAAUUUCUUCGUUUCCAGCAUAAACACACUGGUCAACAAAACCAUGGAGGACACGCUGAUGACUGUCAAACUCUAUGAGAAUGCAAGGCUGGAAUUUGAUGCCUACCGAGCAGACUUGGAGGAGUUAAAUAUGGGUCCUCGGGAUGCUGUCACCCUUUCCCGCAUUGACACAGCACAGCAGCAGUUUCAGAUACACAAGGAAAAGUAUGAGAGGCUGAGAAGUGACGUCACCGUCAAACUCAAGUUUCUGGAGGAGAACAAGGUGAAGGUGAUGCACAAGCAACUGCUCCUGUUCCACAACGCAAUCUCAGCCUACUUUGCAGGGAACCAGCAGCAGCUUGAACUGACCCUCAAGCAAUUCAACGUCAAGCUAAAGCCCCCUGGUGCAGACAAACCAUCGUGGCUGGAGGAGCAAUGAGAUCUCACUUUCCAAGGAGCACACCGAAUGACCAACAAACAAAGACAGCCAGUGAGAGCAGGACCAGGGGAGGCCUGUAAAACAGCAGUGGUGGAGAAGUGGACUGUCCCCUCUCCUCUUUUAGAAAUAAUAACUUUCCAUCCUUCAUAAAAAAAAAAAUGUGUUUUUCAAAUGCCAUGGCAGUUAACAGUUUUAAAUAAUAUAUAUUUAUGAUAAGGUUUGUAAUAUUUGAUUGAAAGUAAUAGUUGGGUAACAGUUGCCAUCCUUGUGACUGUGCAGCCAGCAGGGCAGCUUGGUGGCUAUAUCUGUCUGUUCUGUGAGCUUCAGUCACUAGCUAACCCUGCUGAUACCCAGAAAAUCCAGCGUCUGGUAGUGGUCUUUGUAAUGACUUGUUUGCUUCUAAUGGGAUAUUGUGACCCCACAGCCUGUGUAACAAUCCAAGCCAGGUUCACAAGGUUUACCAGAACCUCUAGAAUUUGCUUGAAAUGCAUAUAAUGGUACUGAUACUUGAAUUUGCCUGCAGUUCCAGAUCAAAUGCAAUAAUGAUAUUGAAAUGGCUUUUUUAUGACACCCUAUAGGGGACAAAUAAUUACCAUUCAGUCAUUAACAUAAUAGAAAAAAUAACAGCUUGAAACAUCAGAUAAAACGAAACAAACACUGACAUGUUGUUUACAAAGACAAAUAAUAAGCAACACUGUGGUGGAAUUUAUAGGAAAUUAAAAGUGAUGCGCCAUCCAGGUAUUUGGUCUGAAACACUGCAUGGUGAAUUCUGUGGUUCCCUCUCCAUUAUCGAUUGGUUUGCUGGGGGGGGGGGGGGGGGGGGGGUUGGCGCUAUACAGAGGUAUAUCCCAAUCAAUAAUGGAUAAUAUUUCUAUUUCAGGGAAUGAUGUAUAAUCUAAUGUUAAUGUCUUUCAUAUUCCAUCUAGGAAUUAAAUAUGCUCCUGCAGGAUGUUGGGGAUAGAUCUGUUGAUGAGUAUUUGGUAAGAAUACAGGCAAUAUUUAUGUAUGUAAACCAAACCAAUGGCAAUGUUUUUAAGAAUCAAUUAAGCGUUCGGUGGAGCUGACAAUGCAGCAGACAUUUCAGUGGUACCACGAGGGGCCCGGGCUGCUUCAUUCUGACCACAAAGGAUUCUCUACAUUAUGUAUUUGUCAUACAAACCACAGCACAUCUUUUGCUGCACAAAGUUCCUGAUUACCAAUCUGACAAAUUUUCAUAGCGCAAAUAAGCUAUACAAUCAUUGCUCCCCAUAAUUACCACAUUAAAUAUGUAUUCUACUGUUCCAACAGACAGAUAUUAAUACUAUAAAUCCCUACAUUACAAGAAAAACCCCAAUUGAAAUUGUUAGUGACAUUUGCAUAUCUUGUAAAAAAGCAGUCGAGAGAACCCCCCUCCCCCAACACCAAAGUGUUGGGGAUAAGGAGCCACCUCAGAUCCGUAUCUGUGACUUUACUGAGGCCCAUUAAGAAGAGCUAGGAGACUUGGAGACAACAUGGGCCAGUGGUAAGCACCCAUCUCUUAAGCUGGAAUGCUGUGAAGCAGUGAUACCUGUUUUACAAUACAACCACAUUAACACUACCAAUAUGCACUACUCAUUUUUUAUUUACAAAGAAAAAACUGUUUUUUCUCUAAUCUUGCACAGGAUAGGGGUAGGCAACAUGAUCCAGGGCAGAUUAAAACAAAAAUAAUACUUGAAGCCACUGUACUUAAGGUUAUCCUACCUGGACUGUAACCAGAUGAGACCAGUCCCAUGAGCAUACCAAGCCCCAUAGUUGACCCAAAUAAAGGGGUGCUUCUGGACCAUGUUUUUUGUCUUUUAACUAUUUCUAGUGAUAGUGUUCAGGCACUCCAUAGGUAGUUUUAAUUAUUAGAAAAAUGAAAGGUUUAUAUUAUUUGCGUACAAUCAAUAUUUUUUUCAGGCUACUCUGUGCUAUUGUAGUGUAUGAAUGAUUUGUAUAUAUGUAAUGUUAUUUAAAAUUUAAAAAAAUUACAAGUUUCUAUGGAAUUUCAUCACUCGUCCUUGCACUCCUCAUUAGUGACGCAGGUUUAAAAAAAAAAAAAAAAAAUCAGCAAAAUAAUAAAAAAUUAGACAAAGCCUUUUGCAGAAUCAAGUGUCUGGAUAUGUGUGGCAAAGUGCCCUGCCCCUGGGCUAUUGUGUUGUAUGUUACAUGUAGUGUGUUAAUGUUGGUGUAUA